UUUAGGUCCUUGAGUGGGAGGGACUCAGCCGGAACAAAAGUGCCAUGUUUUGCGCGUACUGUGACGGCAGCCUAUGAGUGUAGCACUUCAUGGUCUCUUCUCUGUUCAGUGUCCUGUCCGUGGCCCCUGCAGAGGACAGUCACUGUGCUCAUGGCUGCGAUUUUGCGCUCAAUAGUUCAGAGGCCCCCAGGAAAACUACAUACUCUGACAAAAGGUGUGGAGUCUCUUGUUUGUACAGAUUGGAUUCGUCAUAAAUUUACCAAGUCAAGAAUUCCAGAUAAAGUGUUUCAGCCUUCACCUGAAGAUCAUGAAAAAUAUGGUGGGGAUCCACAGCACCCUCAUAAACUCCAUAUUGUUACCAGAAUAAAAAGUAUAAAAAGACGUCCAUAUUGGGAAAAAGAUGUAAUAAAGAUGCUUGGAUUAGAAAAAGCUCAUACUCCUCAAGUUCACAAGAACAUCCCUUCAGUGAAUGCAAAACUGAAAGUGGUUAAACAUUUGAUAAGAAUCAGGCCCCUGAGGUUGCCACAAGGACUUCCAAAAGAGGAGGACAUGGCUCACACCUGCCUCAAGAGCACUGGAGAGUUAGUGCUGCAGUGGCGUUUAAGCCCCAUGGACCAGGAAGCAAUUAAGUCCUAAUGCCAGAGCUGUUUCAGAUUAGAAAGUGCAAAUCAUUUUUAUUUAACAGUGUUGAGAAAGUGCUCUCAUUAAAAUAUAUUUUAAAUGCUA